UUUUUUUUAUUUUCAUCGAAAUUGAUUUUCAGAAAUCUAUCAAUUGAAAAAUAAAAAUGAAUGAAGUGGAAGAAUUACUUAAAAAUAUUGAUGGACAAUUUAAAGAUGUAGUCGGUGUAUUAAUUGUGGAUCGUGACGGUAUUAUCAUCAAAAGUACCAUCAACGAAGUGGUGGAAACAAUACAAAACUAUGGAAUGAGUAUUGCACAGAUUGUUGAAAUGUCGAAUCAAGCACUGAAGGAAAAUGGUGAAAUUCAAUUUCUUCGAAUGAAAACAAAAAGAAAUGAAUUCAUUGUUGUACCUGAUAAAGAAUUUAUGUUGAUAACAAUUUUGAAUGCGAAUAAUCCUUCUCUCUCUCAUGGACAACAUGCACUAUCGUCAAACUAGUCUUGACAAGACUUGUUUCAAAAUUUGAUUUUUUAUAUUUAUUUUCAAAAAAAUUUUGCAAUAUAUGACAAUUGUAAAUUAAUAAUCAUUUCCUAAACUAAUAACAAUAUAAGUCUCUAACCCGAAUAAAGAGAAAAGAAAAUUUUAA